AUGUUUGGAUUUGACGCUAUGUCCCUCGUGAACACGAUUCGAGCGAUGCGUGCGAUGCGGUGCGGGCGAUGCGGUGCGUGCGAUGCGGUGCGGGCGAUGCGGUGCGGGCGAUGCGGUGCGUGCGAUGCGGUAUUAUUAGACAGUCCAGAGUGGAUGCAUUGCGCGUGCGUUGUGGGUGAUUUCAAGAACUCGCAACGCAAGCUUUGUUUAAAAUCCAAACAUGUUUGUGUUUGCACGCAAAACACCUCGAAACGCGGCCUGGACUUCGGCCUGGGCCGCGGCUUCUCCGGCUCGCAGGCGGCCAAGCACCUGAUGGGCCUGGCGGCGGCCAACUUCGCAGGCGGACCCGGCCGCAGGCGCCGCAGCGACGGCGACGCCUGA